CAGCUUAGCCCCAUGGAGGAGCAGGAAGACAAUUAUGUGCUUUCCCUCGGAGCCAACACCAGCAAGUGCAGCCUUGAGACUAACCAAACACAGAUCCCAACAUACUGGUCAGAAGCAAUCAGGGGUGGCCCAAAGGUGGUGAUUGUACCAGUGCUUUUUGGGUUGAUUUUUCUACUGGGAAUGGUGGGAAACACAUUGGUUUUGGUUGUCCUGGGGCAUCCCCAUCCUAGUGGACGCCCAUCACGCACCACUACCAACAUCUUCAUCCUGAACUUGAGCAUUGCUGACUUCUCCUUUCUGCUCUUCUGCAUCCCCUUCCAGGCCACCAUCUACUCCCUGCCAGAGUGGAUCUUCGGUGCCUUCUUUUGCAAGUGGGUUCACUACUUGGCCAUGGCAACAGUGCUGGUCAGCAUCUUUACUCUGGUGGCUAUGUCUGUGGAUAGAUACAUUUCUGUGGUCCAUGCCAAGCGUUCACUCGGCAUCCGCAGCAACCGCAACGCUGCUCUCAGCGUGGGCAUCAUUUGGCUGCUGUCUCUACUCAUUGCCAUCCCUGUGGCUCAGCACCAGGCCCUCAUGAGUGGUUAUCAGCACGCACCCAACAGCUCCUUCUGCUGGGAGCACUGGGCAGAUGGUUCAACAGCCAAGCAGAUGUACAAGAUUACCACCCUGCUGGUGGGAUACCUCCUGCCCCUGGUUCUCAUCACCUGCUGCUAUGCCAAGGUUUUAUGCCAUCUGCAUACAAAAGUAGAGAACAUUUCCAAGAAGUCAGAGAGAUCAAAGAAGAUGUUUGACAAAUGA